ACGACGGUCUAGAAGUAACCAGGGCGGUCUUGGCCUCUUGAAGGAAGCACUUUCAGAAGGUGAAACAAACGGAAUUUGAUUGCUGUAAUCCUUUUAGGAUUUGUUUCACCACUCCGUGAAAGCGAUCGACUUAUCUCUUCUGUUCGGUAUGUUCUGUUAUCAUUGUCCGCUCUCCAUUUCUGCUGGCACCGUCGGUCCGUCACGGCCGCCUCCCAUGCAUAUGCCGUUAUCCCUGUACUCACCAGCAGCUACCUACGGAGGGUUUGGUUAUCAAGCAGAAUAUCACGAUGAUGCUUUCGUGAGAAGAAAACAAAGACGAAACAGGACUACUUUCACAGUGCAACAGCUUGAAGAGUUGGAAAAAGCUUUUGCCCAAACUCAUUACCCAGACGUCUUCACCCGAGAAGACCUUGCCAUGAAAAUCAGUCUUACUGAGGCUCGAGUACAGGAUAUAGUUUAUGCUGUCGAAAAGCGACAGUUUACUCAAUCAAGCUUUCCAACUUUUAUUCCUUCCUUUCCAGAAAAUACUCCAUUCGGCGGACAGCACUGUAUGGAAAACAUCUUAGCACCGACUGGUCCAGCUCGCUUUCCUUUGCCUCCUCCGUACUUCUCUGCUAAUUUUGCUCACCUGUUCGGCCCUCCUUCUUUCCCUCUGAAAGUUCCCGUUUGUUCCUGUUGUCUGCCAAAACCAAUGGAUCCUUGUUCCCCUUCCCAUACCCUCGUCCACAGCCGUGAUUCGUCGACGUCUAGCGUCACAGAUCUGAGACGAAAAGCGCGAGAACAUUCCCAAGCUCUUCUGCAUGCUGCUGUUCCGGCUGUCACGUCUGACGCUUGAACCAAAGUUAAUGAACAAUAAACUAGUAAACUUAGUCUAAUAUAAAAUCUUCUUGUAGUGUUUUUAGAAAAUAGCUUAUCAUUGAGCUCGAGUGUCAGAGUUUGAAAGCGAGAAAAAAACAAAAAAACGAAGGAAGUUACUAUCAGAGUUUAUAGUUCUGUUUUGACAAGUUCAUGUGCUGACUGAUUUAUUUCUAAUCUGUCUACAACACAUUCUCCAUCGCCGACGAUGGAUUUAAAUGUAGUAUUCCUGUUUCGAAAUGUGUGUUUACUUCUGUAAACAAUUCUUAACAUAUUGCAGGUAUACAUAUUUAUUAGCUUUAAACUCUCUUUGUUGAUAAAAAUAUUAGUGUUCUAAAAAAUAAUACAAAAUAGGAACUCAGCGUUUUGGCAAACGUUCCCGAGUUGUUAUAUUAAACUGAUAAUGAUGUACAUUGUGAAAACUGUGGAUAAAUGGACUAAUUAGUUAUUAUGUACAUAUAUUUCCAAGUUAUUUAUUGUGAAUAGCUUCAUUUCACUUUCUAAGAUUCAACAAACAACCAUAAUUGUUCAUUGCCGUUGGAUUUAAUAAUGGAUUUUCAAAAUCAAUUUUUUUCUUUUAUUGAUAUAAAAGUAAACUCCAAUGGUGCAUUACGUUAGAAGUAAAUGAGGAACGUAGUGCGUGUUAGUCUGCCUUAUAUAUACAUAUACAGUUACAGCCCAGCAUGUAUUAGGAUAUUCUAGCCUAUAUGUAUCAUUUAUUUAUUUGUUUAUCAAUAUUGAAUGAAGUGCAUAAGAUUGUAACUCUGAUGAUCUGUUUCAUGUCAUUAUACACUGUUACCGGUUUUCUUUGUCAAAAAAAAAAAAGAGGAAGAAUUUUGCGUCACAUUAGAAUUCCAAAACCGAAAAUAUUUCUAAAAAAAUAAUGUUUUCCCUGUUGCUUUAGUUUAGAGUAGAUGAAACUUAAAGUAAAUAUGUUGUCUCGUAAAUGCUUUAGAUUAAGCCAGAAUUAAGUUGCCUUUAUGAAAGCAAUUAGACGGUAUUAAUGGAUAUCUUGUUGAUUAAUAAAAUAGUCGUUAGAUGACUGAAACGUCAUUGUUUUUAUUCAAUAUACCAACUACAGACAUUCAUGGAGGUUAAACAGAAUAUUAAAAAAGAUCGAAAGAUACUCCGUUGUUAUUAGAAAGUUUUACUAAUGUUAAUACGGAAGAAUCUCACUGAUUCGACGGUAUCAGAAGGUAGUCAAAAUACGUCGGUUCUGGCCUUACGUUACUGAACGUUGAAAUAAAAGUGAGUUUCGCAUUUCAAGAGAAUUGAUAAUUUGACGGAGCGCGAUAUUCUCAUUUGCUAAUGCUAUCGAAAUAAUAAUUUGUUUUUAUGAAUAUAAAAACUUAGAACACGCGAAAAUAGUUUAAUGAUGACAUAAAUCACGCUUCUAUAAAGGUUAAUUAACAUGCACGCCUGCGGUUAUCUGAUUUAACUAAUAGAACAUAACAAUCUUUUUCUACUUUAUCAAUUUUACUAACUGUGCUUCACUUAUUAUGAAUAUAAAUAAAUCUGUUGUGGUAGUUUCAAUAUUAAAUUGUAUUUAAAGAUUAUUUUAUCUGAACGUGUGUUUUACUGGAGAAUCAUGCUAGUUAAAUUCGUUUGAGUUCUACUCUGAAUAGACGUUUAAUUGUAUGUUGCUCUAAUGCUGCGUUUAUAAUUAAAAGGCUUUGGUAUUUGA